UGUACGUGCCCGGGGCGGCGGCGGCGGCGAAGCCGGGGCUGGCUAGCAGUGCCCUUUUGUCCAUGGAGGCUGCAGCGGCGGCGGCGACGACAGCCGCCCCCUCCCCACCCCCGGCGGUCACCAGCCGGAGUUUCCAAGUCUCUCCUUCUCGCCUCCCCUCCCGGCGCUUCCGAACCCUCUCUCUCUCUUUUCUUUUUAUUUUUCCGCACCGCACGGGCCCCGGGGGCCAAAAAUAAUCGGGGGUCUGGAGAGAGGAGGGUCCCGGCCGCACGGAUAUCAGGCCCCGAGGAGGGAUGGAGGCGUCGGGGGCAGCCGAUGCAACGGAUUGCGAGGCGGUGGCGGCAGCCCGGGUGCUGCGGCCGGCAGCUGAAAAAUGGCUCCAGGAAGCUGCUGCUGACAAUGAAUGAAGGGAUACGGUUUACGCGCCAAGGUCCUCCCGCGAAACUCAGAUUUCCCGCCGGCUUUUCAAACCAUAUUUGCAUAUCUCCGCCCCUCAACCCGCCGAGGACUGUUCCCACAGUCCAUUGGAUCCCUGUUGCCUUACUUCGGUACCAAUCCUGGAGCGAGGUCGCCACUGGCUGUUUUCCAUUGGCUGUCAUACACCAUGGUUACCGGGGUGACCUGGGCUCUAUUUGCAUAGAGCAACCUGAUUGGCUGGAAGCAGAGCAGGCUUCUUAGGAGGUGGGGCAAAGUCCUACUCUCCCACGGAAAGCCACGCCCACCACAGGUCCCUCCCUCGCUCCUACCCGCGGGGCUGGCUCUGAUGACCUGGGCAGGGACUCUGCCUCGCAGACUCAGUGUGGAUCUAGUCUUGAGCGCAAGUUUCGGUUUUGGAAAUUGUCAAGGUGACACCCUCAGGGACUUUGUUUCCUGUAACCAAUCAGUGUAGUAAAUGAAGAACUGGUAGAAAUUCUCCCAAAUAUGUGUCAAAGGCUAGUUGGACCCGGCCUGGCAGGUGGAAAACUGAGCCCUUUAAAUCCUGGGUUUCUUCCUUCCUGAAAUCCAACCAAUGACGUGAGAGCGGAUCCGGAGGCCGAGGCUGAUAGACAGAAGCAUGUGGGCAGACAGAACGGUGGGGGUAGAAGGUUCAGCUGACGCGACUGCAGGAACACUUUAGUUCAUAUUCCGGAUCAUUCCUGGCAGCUUCAUGAUUAGCCCGAAUUC